AUACAGUUGUCGCGCAUUGAUUGUUUAAAUUAGAAACUCUUUAUAAAAGUUAAUGUAAAAUAGUUUUUCAGUUUUUGCGAUAAUGGCGGAUUACAUGCUGGCCACGGCAGGCGAACAAGUGAAGUUUUGGACUGUUGAAAAUUGCGAUGUUGUAAAUACGUGGAAGCCAUACGUCGGUGGUGUGCCAGCCCUAGCCUGGGCCCCCAACAAUAAUUUUAUAGCAUGCUUGUCAUCCAGUAGCAAUGAAAUCAAAGUGAAGUACACUGUACCUGAUAUGGCAGCUUCUGAUGUCACCACUAUUCCAACUGAAACAACAGGCAAGCAGUGCUUAACAAUUGAUUCAUCAUCCCGUCUCAUCCUGGCUGGUGGAAGUAAUGGCUUGCUCCACCUGUGGGAUAUCAAGUCACAAAAACUUAGGAAAACUUAUAAACAUGCAAGUUGCAAAAGUAUGGUGACAUCAUGCCAGUACAAUCUCGAUGAUUGCUUAAUUGCUGCCAGCCACGAAAAUGGAGAUGUCAUCUUUUACAAUGCCACCUCCUCCGUUGCCACUGGACCAAUCAGUGCCAACAACAAAUCUGCCAUAAGAUGUUUGCGAUUCAGUUACUUCUGCUCGAAUUUGCUGGCCACAGUGUCUGACGAUGGCGCGACACGUCUGUGGGAUGCCACGACACGCACACACCAACACACCUACAAGAACACACAUGGUGCACCAGCAACAUCUCUUGCUUUUUCACCGUUCAACCAGCUACUCAUGUUGACUGCUGGUUUGGACAAAAAAGUCGUCUGCUACGAUGUCAUCAGUAAAAAAAGUCUCAAGUCGGUGUCAGUGGACACUCCCCUCACCUCUAUUGACAUCUUUCCAGAUGGCAUCACAGUUGCCGUGGGGACGACUCGAGGUCAGAUAAUAUUUUACGACCUGCGCAAAGGUUUCUCACAGUUCAUGAAGAAAACAGCUCACACAACAAGCGUUCACUGCCUCACUUUCCAGAAGAAGGCACCAUCGUCACAAACGAAAUCAGUUCAAGAAACCAAAUUGAAAUCAGUAAAGGAAAGUUCAAAUGUCAUUGUUAGAAACGUUUCACCAGAGAAGCUGAAAGACAUGACAAAUCUCAACGAUUCUCCACUUCAAAAAGUUCCAUCGAACAAAGUUGAGUCAGCAGCUGAAAAUUUAUUCUCACCUCACAGGGAUCAUGACAGCUUUCUGGCGAACCACACACCUGAUCAUUUGAACAUUUCAAAGUGCACGAUGGACAGGGGAGAUAGGGAUAGCCUACAAAUGUUUGAAAGUUACAACAGGCUAUCUGAUAUCAACAAUGUCAUCUUCUCACCUAUUGUCUCUGACCCAAACAACCAUUCAUCCACAAACCACUCCUUCACUCCAUCUGAUGUUAAGAUGCCGCCAUUAUCUUUAGACACUUCCGAGAUGGAUCUUUUGAGGAUGUCACUGAAUGCGAGCUUCGUGAAAGAUAUCAGUUCAUCCUCUCAAAUGCAGAUUCAAUUCAACAACAUCGGUGCUCAAGCAAUGGAAAAAAUUAUAAGCUCUCCAGUUCAACAAACAAGUUCACUUCCAACACAAAUGUCGUCCAGUUUAAAAACGUCAACUCUACAAAAUCUCGACAUCAGCAGCAUUGGUGACAAAAUCAUUCCUCAAAAUAUUGGAGACAAAUGUCUAAAAGAUGCCAAUUCAGUAGAUUCAACCAAAUCCAAAACCGCUUUAUCAGUUGCUAAUGAAAAACUCAAAGUUCGUUUCAAUGACAGCACAGUUAACUAUAGCUUGGACAGUUCCGUGGGAAACGAAACGGCUGCUAUUCCCGUUGCAUACUUGCAGGGGGGAUCAUUUCCAGUUGAAUUCAUUAGGAAUGUCAUUAGAGAUGAGAUGGAGGAAUAUUUUGAACAAAUGCGUGAUUGCGUUGUCAAGUUGCAGGCUGAGAUGAUUAAAAAGUUCUACCACCAGCAAAUUGAGAUGGAAAAAUUGUUAAAAUCAUAUUCUGUCAAUCCUGAUUUGAUUUCAGAAAUCAAUCGGUUGAAAGAAGAAAACGAAAAUCUUAAAAGAAACUAUACUUUCUCUCAACUUAAUAAAUGAUUUAUUUUUUUUUUACUUAAUUCACGACUUUUACUUUUAAAUUUAUUGAAUUUAUACAAACUGUAAAUACCUCUGUAAUUUAGUUUUGUAGUUAUCAUGAGCUGUUCACAAAAUUAGUGCCUUAAAAAAUUGAAAGUAAACAUGUUUUAAUUA